ACGUGGUCAAUCGGAUGCCACUCUCAAAAACAACUGCCGGCCGUGAUUCUCAAUUGCCGGUCGUGAUCGUCAACCUCGCGCGCAGCGCCGCAACGAAUCACAUUGCGCUACGUCACAUAACGUAGCGCACUCGCGCCAUAACAUGGCGACGGAGUACGCUAGCGCCAAAACAUGGCGGUGGUCUCACACUAUGGAUAAGACAAUAAAUAGUACUACUAAUAGCUAUCAAUCUUUGAUAGAUUCUGAAUCUGAUGAAGAGAAAGAAGAAACACAAAAUUAUGUUAUUCCAAAUGAAAAAUUUGAUAUAUCUGAGAGUAAAAAUACGAAAAAAGAAUAUGUUAAAAAAAGAAAGGGUUCUAUCAGAGCUUCUAAAAAUGAGGCAAUGCGUCAGAUACACAGUGAAACCCAACGUUUAUUGAGAGAAACAGGAAUUUCUCUGCCAUAUCAUAGACCAAAACAGCGAACAUUACAGGAAUUCUUGAAUAGAAAAAAAAUAUUAACAUCUCUUCCAAAAGCACCUUCAACAGCUGCAAAAUUAAAAAUGUCAUCUGUAAUAGUAAGCCGAGUCGUUGCAGAAAAAGAAAAAGAAGCAGAACUCUUUUACAAAUCUUCAGAUUCAGAAGAUGAUACACAACAAUCUAUAUCUUUUGCUGCCAAAGACAGAGUAGAAUCUUCCACUACAUAUAAAAAAAUACCAUUGAUAGAUGUCAAUGACACAUGUAUACAAAAUUUUAAAGAAACUGAUACGAGCAACCAAGUUAUACAUAAUAAAGAAAAGGUUAUACAAGAUUCCACACAUCUUGAUACUAUAGUAUCUGAAAAAGACUUUAACAAAGUAGAUUAUCAAAAUAGAGAGUCAUCUCUCUUAAAUGAGAAUAACAAUAAUCAUGAUGAUGGAUCUAAUAUAUCAUCACAACAAAUAGAUAAGCAAGACCUUAAAAAAUUAGGUGUAUCAAGAAAAUUAUUUGAUACAUGUUUUGAAAGUAGAACAAAUAAUUCUAAUAUAAGUCUCAGUAAACAAGAGACAGAAGUUGAAAAAAUAGUUGAAAAUAUUAUUGCUUCCUUAGAAAAGGAAAAAUGUGAUAAGACGAAAUCAGAAAUUAAUAUGAAAGAAAAUCACAUAUCAGAAAUACCACAAGUACAUCAAUGUGAGUCUGAAGCAAUUAAUAUAGAUGGAGAUAAAAAUUUGACUGUAGAAAAAAUAAAAGUAUCAGAAAAUAGUAAUAUAAAUAAUAAAGAUAUAGUUGAAACUAUUCAAAGGAAUAGUUGUGUGACAGAUAAUAUUGUUACAUCUAUAAAUUCUGAUAAUUUUAUUACAAUACAAGAUGAAAACGAUGAAGAAAAGGAUAAGUCUGAUAAAAUAGACGUAUCAUCAUCUACUAUUUUAAUUAAUGACAUUCUGUCAAAAACUAAAAAUAAUUCUUUAGCAGAAGAAUUUAAAGACUCUGAUAGUCAUGCACUUGGUUUGCCAUUUUCAAAGUUUGUAGAUGAGACUUUAAAUAAUAAAAAAAAAUUACCAAAAUUGGUACCAAAUUCUACAGUUACAUUAAAAGGAUCACCAGGUAUGAUUAUUGAUUUGACAAAUAAUGCAAAAUCAUAUGAAAAAGGUGUAAAUACUUUAUUAGAUAGAUUUUUCUGUAAACAUGUUAUUAAUGUAAAAAAGCAAGUUAAUGAUAAAUCUCAGGAAACUGUAAUACACUUGCAAAAUACUCCAAACGAUUCUCUUUCAAUUAAGGAAUUACUUCCGUAUAAAUUAUCCACUAAUACUGAUAAUUCUGAAUUGAAUAAACCUGGAGCCAAGUUUAUGCGUUUAAAAGAAGAUUUAAAAUUACAAAUGACUAUAAAACGUAAUGAAGAAUGGAAGCACAAAGAAAUAGAAUUACGAGAAAAGGAAGAAAAAGAAAAAGAAGAAUGGGAUGAGGAGGAAGAGAGUGAUUAUAAUUCAUAUGAACAGGAGAAAAUUCAUAAUCUUGAAUCAAGUGAUAGUGAAGAAAGCGAACCCGAGGAGAAUGAUAUUUGUAUAAAGGACAAAAAAAGGAGUAAAUGUUUGUUUGCAGACGACGAAGCUGAAGUUACAGAUAAUGAAGAUUCAAGUACAGAUAUGGAGGAGACAUAUAGCAAGAAUGAUAUGGCCCAAGCAAAGUGUAACAAACAAUCUUCAAAUUUUAAAUGUAGAGAAGAAUAUAUGGAUGAUAGUGAAAGCGAGAUAGAGACUAAUCAGGAAGAAGAAGAGGAAGAAAAUGUGAUAGAUUCAGACACAAAUAUAGAGAAUAAAAGUGAAUCUGAUUCUAAAGAUGAUGAUAAUGUUAAUGUUUGUGAUAACUUUAGUAUUGUCCAGAAUAAAAAAGAUGGAAAAACGAAGCAAUUUAUAGAAGAGUUUCAAGAUGAUUUAAACAUUGCAAAUUCGACCUAUCCGAAAAAUGAUAAUAAUCAUUUAAAAUACGUUUCGAUAGAUGUCAAUACGUCUGAGACACAGUACGAAGAUAACGGUGUGAAAAACAAAAACAAUAUGCCUGUUAAUCAACAAGAAGUUACUACUAGAAACCAAAUAAAUAAGACACCUUCGAUGAAGACAAGUAUACUCGACUUUGUUUCUCCUAUAACACAAUUAAGUGUAUUAAAUACUUCUUUAGAUAAGAAAGAUAUAGAAAAUAAACAAUAUCUCAUUGAUAGAGAUCAGAAAUCCGUUUUUAUGGAAAAUACGCAAAGCGACGAGUCUUCUGAAUGUGCAUAUAACAGUAGAAAUAAAAAUAUUUUAAAGAAAAAAUUAUUUGACGAUAUUAAAGAAACUAUUGAUGAUGAAUAUCUUAUGCGAUUGUGUUCGGGUAAAUUUGAGUCCACGCAACAAGCUGAUUUAGAUUUAUUCUCACAAGCCACUAAUAAUAAAUCGCGAUUAUGUUCCGAAAAUUCCAACACGAAACUGAUCAAUACUAACCAGUUAGAAAGUCUCGAAGUAGAAGAUGAAAACUCUCAAGAUGUAGAACUGAUAUUAGAUGAGGAUUCUAAUAAUUCUGUAAAUCACGUGAAAAACAUGAAACAGGUUGGUGAAGUGACUUCGGGAUUAAAAAUGAAGAUUGUUUCUUCAGACGAUGAUGAUGAAUUGGAAAUGGACACGUUUUUGAAACCCAGAAAACAUUCGGUGAAAAGAUUGCAUUUAUCUGAUUCGGAGGAAGAAAGUGUUCAACCGUCCGAUGAAGAGAAUGAUGUGGACGAAGAGACAGAAGAGCAAUAUAUAGAUUACGAUUCCGAAGAAAACGAAGUUGUAUCGAAAAAAGAAAGCAAUAUAAAACAAGUUGCAGCUGACUUUUUGGAAGAAGAGGCCGAAUUGAGUGAAAGUGAUUGGGAUUCCGCUGAUGAGGACGAAAAGGACUUGGAUAAGUAUGAAUACGAAGAAGCUGAUAACGAACAUAUAGACGAACGUAAAAUGAGAAACCAAUUGGAGAAAACAUAUAUGAAACAGAUGCUAGAUGAAGAUAAAAGAGAAGUUAAAUUGCUUCAAGAAUUAUUGUUUGAGGAUGGAGAUUUGCACACCAGUGGAAUGGGUCGCGAGCGCAAAUUCAAGUGGAGAAAUAUAGAUAAAUUAGGAAGUAAUACUGAAAUGUCACGAGCAACUGACGAUAUCGAUGGCUGGAUAGAUGUACAAGAAGAUGAAGACGAGGCAAAAUGGAGUAAACUCAGGCAAGAAAGAGACAAGUUUCUUGAAGAAAGAAUGAAAUGUUCAAAUAAUGAAAUUGAAGAUGAGUUAUGCAAUAGUCAAAUUUUUAAAUUUGGAUUGGAAGCACUUAAGAAGAUUAAGAAUGAUGAAUCUCAAGAACUAAAUGUUUCUCAUAACCAAGUAGAUUCAUCUGAAAACAUGGAACCAAUUAUGCCGCGAAAUAUAACAGAUCUACUGAAUGGACCAAAUACUGGAAAGAAAUCCCAGACAAUAUAUAAUGUUAUAAAAAAACGUUCGCUCUUAACUCGAGGAGAAGAGUCGUUAGCAAAGAUAGCAUCAUUAGCAAAACAAAGUGACUCUGUUUCUCAUGCAAUAAAUGCAAGAAAUUUUGUCUUCCAGUAUGUUAACUUAAAUAAUACAACUGAAAAGGACAAUAAAACUAGAGAAGAAGAUCAGGACUCACAAGCUAAGCUUCGGAAGAGAAAAAUAACGUCAAAUUUUUCAUUGACAACAAAAAAGAGACGAAAAUAA